CCGAUGGGUCGUUUUGAUGUUUUUUUAAAGGCUCUCCGUGCCCGCCCACUCAGCUGACCGGACCCCUACAUGGCGUUAAAGUGAGGAGAGGAGUCCCGGUGGCCGGCUAGUUCGGGACUGGGAGUUGCGAGUCCGGUAAUCCAUGAAACAAUGGAGGAGAGUGAGAGGCGUAGCAGGGACGAUGCCCCGAUGGCGGCACUGCAGUCUUGGGAGAGUCCUCCUCGGCGUUGCCACCCUUUCCUUGUUCCUUCAUUUCCUUUGGCCUUUCCCAAAAGAUCCGCUUCCUAGUCACGCAUGGCACCUGCCGGGUCCCGUCCCCACAGCUCUGUACGGCGAGAUGUCCCCAUCUGCCUACAAGUAUGUCAUCAACGAGCCCACCAAGUGCCAGGAGGUGCCCCCAUUCUUGGUACUGAUGAUACCUGUAGCCCCACAGGACCGAGCAGCCAGGGAUGCCAUCCGGAAGACUUGGGGUUACGAGCGUCUGCUUCCUGAGGUGAAAAUUGUGAGGCUCUUCUACUUGGGCCUGCCCCCCGCAGAACAAGGGAUGUCCCUUCAGCACGAGGUGGGCAGGGAGAGCGCCGAGCACGGUGACAUCAUCCAGAAGGACUUCUGGGACACCUACGCCAACCUGGCCAUCAAGACCAUGAUGAUCAUGGACUGGCUGGCUACCUACUGCCCUCGUGCCUCCUACGCCAUGAAGAUCGACUCGGACAUGUUCCUCAACGUGGAGCUCCUAGUCAAGAAGUACCUCAAUCCGCAGGCCUCCAGCCCCAAGAAGAACUACAUUGCCGGUGUGGUCAUCGGGGACGGGAUGGCAAACCGCAACAGGGACAGCAAGUGGUACAUGCCCCCCGAGGCCUACCCCGAGCGCGCCUACCCGCCUUACCUCUCCGGCUCGGGAUACGUCUUCUCCAUGGACCUGGCCCCAAAGAUUUCCUUGGCUUCUCAGUCGAUCCGUCCUGUCCCCCUGGAGGAUGUCUAUGUGGGAUUGUGUCUGCGGAAGCUUGGCGUCAAGCCGACCCGCCAUUACGUGUGGUGGUCCCCGUUCCACAAUCACGGUGUCCGCUACGAGCGCUGCCGCUUUGUGACUCUUCUCACCGCCACGGGCUUCCCGCCAGAUAAACUCGUGCGGGUUUGGCACGACUUCCAGCUGGCGAAGUUCACGUGUUGAUUCCCUCCUUGCCGGUCGAGGAGAGGGGU